AUGGCGGAACCGAACUACAGCCACUUUCGAUACUUCGAAAACAAGUAUCCCGAGAUCGACGAGUUCGUCAUGGUCAACGUAAAGCAGAUUGCCGAGAUGGGUGCCUACGUCAAGCUCCUCGAGUACGACAAUAUUGACGGCAUGAUUCUGCUUUCCGAACUCUCGAGACGUCGUAUCAGAAGUAUCCAGAAGCUCAUUCGCGUCGGCCGCAACGAGGUCGUUGUUGUCCUCCGUGUCGACAAAGAGAAGGGAUACAUUGAUCUCAGCAAGCGCCGUGUGUCGCCGGAGGAUAUCAUCAAGUGCGAGGAGCGGUACAACAAGGGCAAGAUGGUCCACUCCAUCAUGCGCCACGUUGCCGAGAAGACCCUCACCCCCAUCGAGCAGCUUUAUGAGACUAUCGCAUGGCCCCUUAACAAGAAGUACGGUCACGCGAUCGACGCCUUCAAGCUGUCCAUCACCAACACCGAGGUCUGGAACGACGCCACCUUCCCCAGCGAGCCUGUCGCCGAGGAGCUCAAGUCAUAUAUCGCGAAGCGUCUCACCCCUCAACCCACCAAGGUCCGUGCCGACGUCGAGGUCACAUGCUUCGGAUACGAGGGUAUCGACGCCGUCAAGACCGCUCUGCGUGUCGCCGAGUCCCGCAACACCGAGCAGACCCAGGUCAAGGUCAGGCUCGUGUCCCCGCCCCUGUACGUCCUCACCAGCACAUGCUUGGACAAGAACCUCGGUAUCACUCGCCUCGAGGAGGCCAUUGUCGACAUCCGGAACAGUAUCGAGGCGGCCGGCGGCUCGCUGGUCGUCAAGAUGGAGCCCAAGGCCGUCACCGAGAGCGACGACGCCGAGCUGCAGGCCCUUAUGGAGAAGAGAGAGCGUGAGAACGCCGAGGUCAGCGGUGACGAGAGUGUCUCGGAGAGCGACGACAACCCGGAGGUUUAG